AGAAGCAAACACAGAAGAGUCAGUGAAGGUUAGUUUGUGGGAGAAAAUGUUGUUUCCCAUGGAUAAGAAGAUUUUUUCCUUCGGGCUUCUGUGUCUGGUGCUGUCAGGUGUUGGUGCCAUUCAAGUUACCAUCCCCCAAAGUCUUUAUGAGUUUGCCAGGGGUGACAACAUGAUACUGCCCUGCUCAUUCACACCUAAAAAUCCCAUAGGCCCUAAACAGAUAGUCGUCAUCAUGUGGUCUGCUUUGAGUCCAGAUGUUGAUCCUCAAUCGAUCCUCACCUACUACUAUAACCCUGAUCCAAGUCUUGACAUUGAUUCAGGGUAUGAAGGUCGGGCAUCGCUGGAUGUAAACGUCCUUCAGGGAAAGGCUGAUCUGAAGCUUUUGUCCCUCACCCUAGCUGACAACAAAACUUAUGAAUGUCACGUUCAGAUCCAAGGUGACAGCACUGGCAAGCCAGUUGCCAUCACACGCGUGAUGGUCCUAGUGGCUCCCUCCCCACCCAUCUGUAAGAUCCAGGGAACAGCAGAGUACGGCCAGGAUAUCACCUUGUCCUGUGCGUCUGCAGAAGGUUCUCCAGCACCCACUUAUAAGUGGGAUCGCCGUAAUGUACAGAACAUAUCUGUUCCUCAAGACCCCAAAACCACUGACAAGGGAGGCAUCCUUUCCCUGUAUAAUAUCUCCAGCGACACAUCAGGACUCUACAUCUGCACCUCAGCAAACAAAAUCCGCUCUGGUACCUGCAGCCUCACCCUCUCAGUCAUGCCAUCAUCUAUGACAAUUGGAAUAAUUGGUAGAGCCGUCACUUUCUUGAGCUUUCUCAUCGUCGUCAUCUUUUGCUUUUUCCGAAAAAACAGAAAUGAGAAGAAAUACGCCAUGGGAGCUUGUGAAAAGGUUCAGUAUCACACGAAGGAGCUGGACAAAAAUGGUGAGAGUCGGCACUGUCAAGAUAACACACUCAGUUACGAGAACCUCAGUGUGAGGAGCCCUGAAGACUGAACGUGACCACAGGGAUUACGAAACUCCACAAAGAUUAGCAAAGUGCGAACAACAACUAUUGGCUGCAAGGAGCACUAAGCAAUGAUCUGAGAUCAUCUUGACUGACAGACCACCAGUGCCAAACAAUAAACCCCCAGGGAGAGACAACAAUGACUAAAGCCUUCAACUUGUAACAAAGCGCCAUCCUCAGCUGUUAUUUUGUCUGUGUCAGCUAUACUUAAAUGGCAGUUACCUAACAUGCAAGGUGUGACCUGAUUAUUAUCAAAU